GAGGGAUAGAUAGAGAUAGAGAGAUAAAGAGAGGCUCAGGAUGUCGCUGCAUUAUCAGCCGCAAGGCUACCGCUAUCGCUCGGCAACCAGGACGAGUAUCCACGGGCCUUGCGAGCAUCUUGGCUCCGAUAGCGAUGUCAACGAAUUGAGCGAUCUUGAGGACGAUGAGGAGGCUGACGAGGAAGGUGACGGUGACGAGGAAGAGAAUGACGACGACGAUGACGAGGACGACGACGAGGACGAGGACGAGGACGAUGACGAGGACGAGGAAGAGGACGAGGGUCCCGAGCUGCCAUACUCGGGCUUCGUGCCCGUGGCUCUCCGCUACCUUGACCAGAGCACACGACCGCGCAACUGGUGUCUCGCGCUCAUCACCAAUCCGUGGUUCGAAAGAAUAAGCAUGAUGGUGAUCUUGUUGAAUUGUAUUACCCUGGGGAUGUACCAGCCGUGCGUCGAUGACCAAUGUGUCACAAAUCGGUGCAAAAUUUUACAGAUGUUCGAUGAUAUUAUUUUCGCAUUUUUCUCGUUAGAAAUGACGAUAAAAAUGGUGGCAAUGGGUAUAUACGGAAAAGGAACCUACCUCGCCGAUUCCUGGAAUAGAUUAGAUUUCUUUAUAGUUCUUGCAGGGGCGUUGGAGUAUUGCUUAAAUGUGGAGAAUAUGAAUUUAUCGGCGAUACGUACGAUAAGGGUAUUGAGGCCGCUGCGGGCAAUAAACAGGAUACCAAGCAUGAGAAUUCUGGUGAUGUUACUACUCGACACGCUCCCAAUGUUGGGCAACGUGUUGCUGCUCUGCUUCUUCGUCUUCUUUAUCUUCGGGAUCGUCGGCGUCCAGCUGUGGGAGGGAAUUCUGAGGCAGCGCUGCUUCCUCAAGGCCUUGCCCAACGUCAAGUAUCCCGAGUUACUCUCGGACGAGUACUCCGUUCGAUCACGCAUUUACGACCUGGAAAAGUACUUCGAGUACCAGGGCCAAGAUUACAUCUGCUCGAGGCCGGACGAUAGCGGUAUGCACAGUUGCAGCAAUUUGCCGCCCCUCAAGAUCGGUAACUUGGAGUGCGAACACAGAGCACUGCCGAACAAUAACGCGACGUUAAUCAGCAACGAUUCGUGUGUCAACUGGAAUUACUAUUACACGGAAUGUAAAGGCCAAGGCAAUAACCCUUUCCAAGGCACAAUAUCUUUCGAUAAUAUUGGCCUUGCUUGGGUAGCCAUAUUUCUCGUGAUUAGUCUGGAAGGAUGGACGGACAUAAUGUACUACGUGCAAGACGCUCAUUCCUUCUGGGACUGGAUUUAUUUUGUUCUAUUGAUCGUAAUCGGUUCCUUUUUCAUGAUCAACCUCUGCCUAGUGGUAAUAGCCACUCAAUUCUCGGAGACGAAGAAGCGAGAAAUGGAGAGGAUGCGUUUGGAGCGGGCUCGAUUCCAUUCCACCAGUACUCUUGCUUCUUCUACUAACACGUCAGAGCCAACCACGUGUUACGCAGAGAUUGUCAAAUAUAUUGCACACCUUUGGAGACGAGGGAAACGAAGAUUAAUGAAAAAGUAUCGAUUGUUUUUGUAUAGUAGGCAACAAAAACGAGAGCAAAGUUUGUUAAAAGAUUCUCAUGGCCAAGUACGAACUAAUAUUGUAAGAUCGACAAGAUUAUUGGAUGGAAAGCUGCACCACAGCCAAUGUCCCCGGCUACUGGCCGCCCAAGAGUCCGAGCAGGUCGGCAGCGGCAACGGGGAGUUUGCGAGAGUAAGCGGCUUAGGCGGAGGCAGCGGCAUCAUGGGAUCGAGUCUCGCCCCGCGCGCCAGCCCCGAGGUAUCCGAGACCGAGUUCUCGAUAAACCAGUACCAGCAGCGCUCGAGUCUCCACCGUAACGUCUCUCUCUUCAACGGCAGUGACAACAACGUCAACGCCACGGAGACGCACAGCGCGCUUUUGAGUCCACCUUGCAUUCAUCAUCGCCGGCGCAGUAGCGUCAUGUUCAGCGACGUGAUUCUCCUUCAUGGCCGUAGCGUUAAUACGUUGCCCGGCUCGAUCGGAAUGGCCGGCGAGCGAAACGUUUGCUCCAGCGAGAAAAUGACCCAAACCGGCGAUGGCAAUGUCUGGUCGGCGCCACCCACCUCGCAUUGUUUACAUUUUCAGGCCGAGCUUGGGGGCAGCGAGGCGAUGACGUGCCAAGAGCUACUCGCACUCAGUGGGGCUCUCAGCGCGGCCCUACCCACCGGCCAAUUGGCCCUUGACUCCUUUUUGAACUCCCUUACGAAAGGUAUAACGGAGAGGCACGUGAACGUGGAGGAGCGGUCGCAAUGGGUAGGUAACACCGAGGUCGACAACUGCUCCAGCUGCUGCGAAAUACCGAGCGACUGGCCAGAUGAGAGGCGGGGGCGAAGUGGUGCCGCGAGCAAGUGGAAGAGAUCGCGGAUCAGGAGGUUCCUGAGGGCCAGUGGCCGCUGCUGUCUGUGCACUCUGCGCUACAUGCGGUGCUGGACGAAAAAGCUCGUCGAUCACAAAUACUUCCAGCAGGGCAUACUCUUUGCCAUCCUCAUCAAUACCCUCAGCAUGGGCAUCGAGUAUCACAAUCAGCCAGAAGAGUUGACGGUCGUGGUCGAGAUAAGUAAUAUCGUCUUUUCCGCCGUGUUCGCUGUCGAAAUGUUAUUGAAGAUCAUAGCGGAAGGACCCUUUGGUUAUAUCAGCAAUGGUUUCAACGUCUUCGACGGCAUUGUUGUUGUUUUAAGUGUUGUUGAACUGUGUCAAUCUUUUGUGGAAGAAAGGAGUGGAAGCUCAGGUUUGAGCGUACUCAGGACAUUUCGCUUGUUAAGGAUUUUAAAGCUCGUGCGUUUUAUGCCAAAUUUGCGGCGACAGCUGUUCGUUAUGCUACGUACAAUGGAUAACGUCGCUGUAUUUUUUUCCCUUUUAGUGUUGUUCAUCUUUAUCUUCAGUAUACUCGGGAUGAACCUGUUCGGUUGCAAAUUCUGUGAAACGAUGAGUGGCGGCUCGGACAUCGAGUGCGAUAGAAAAAACUUUGACUCGUUGCUCUGGGCUAUAGUGACGGUGUUUCAGAUUCUGACGCAAGAGGAUUGGAACGUUGUUCUAUUUAACGGAAUGCAGAAAACAUCUCACUGGGCGGCUUUAUAUUUCGUUGCUCUAAUGACCUUCGGUAACUACGUACUCUUCAAUUUGCUAGUUGCUAUCUUGGUGGAGGGCUUUUCUUCCGAGAGAAACGAAAGGCGUGAACGAGAGCAAAGGGAAUUAGCAAGGCUGGCGGCUAAAGAGGCUGGACUUGGCAGUGAAGAAGGAUCCUCAAGAAUAUCGCGAUCUCAUUCUAUUUCCGACAGCGAUACUUAUACACAGGAUCAAAAGAACUCUUGGCAAAGCUGCGAGGAGCUGCGAAAGUAUAAGGACAAUUACAGCCGUGAGAAGCGCAACCAACAAGUUUGGAAGCAUCAUCCACUCGACGAGCCAAAGUGUAAUAUCCAAAAGGAGAGUAAAAUGAUGGGAAGUAACACCGGGACUCAGCCCCCAAUCAUAACCCACACGGCAGCCACGCCCCAGGACUCGCCCAACACGACCCUUGAUACUGGCUAUCGAGACCUCAAUUUCCGGGCCAUUUACCCAACGACCCUCUCGAUCGAAUCCAUUGAUCGAUCGUCCAGUCAAUGCAGCAUUUAUUCGGGCUUUUUAAAGCCUCCCGACAACAAUAAUAAAAACACAACAAAUAAUUUAGUCAGUCAGUCUUCAAGACGCAUUAGCCUUGUUACUUCUUCUACUAACUCUUCCACACCGAAAGAAACUUCUACUUCAAGUCCGCCGAGGAUCCAAAGAGGAUAUUCUUGGCGUUUAUCAAGGCCUUCUUUAAGAAAAAAAAGGUGGUCUCAGUGGGAAGAGGAAUCACCAGGACGAGCUACGAUCCUCAACAAUGGAAGGAACAACGUUGGUCACAAAUCCUUUUGCGGAGAUUAUACCAAUUACAAUGGUGGAUAUCUCCACGGUUCCAUAAGAAAUGAUACUCAACGCGAUGUACCGAAUAAUCGCACAACUGCCAUGACAACUAAUAACUGUAGCCUUAGUCCCAAUAAUUCCAUAAGGAGUCGCCGAUCCUCUAUUCAUAGGUACACACCAACGUCAAAUCAAAUGCGCUGGACAGACGACUUGUCACGCCGAAACUCCCUGCGUGGCUACGAGGGUCUUCAGUCCAGGAAAAUCCUGCCUUUCGACGAGAUGCCACUGAGUUCGACCCCAAGGACAAUCAAUAAUUUGAGUAUCGAGACUGGGCCACUGCCCCGUAUAAAGCGCCUUCCGGAGGAGGAGGCCGAACUUAACCUACGAGCCGGGGAACAGACGCCGACAUCGAAUGGUCAAGGAAGCGCAGGCAGCAUCGAACGAAUAAAAAAGAUUUUCAUGUUCUUCGAGCCGAAAGGAUGCCUCAAGGAGCGCGACGACUACUCCUUAUACUUGUUCCCGCAAAAUAAUAGAUUUCGUAUCUUCUGCCAUUGGUUUGUCGAACAAAAAUGGUUCGAUAAUGUGGUACUAUUAUUUAUUGGUUUGAAUUGCAUAACAUUAGCAAUGGAACGACCGAACAUUCCGCCCGACAGUAAAGAGAGAAUUUUCCUCGCGAGCGCCAAUUAUAUUUUUACUGCUGUUUUUGCUGUGGAAAUGUUUGUAAAGGUUGUUGCUACUGGCAUGCUUUAUGGUACAAACGCUUACUUUACAUCAGGAUGGAAUAUAAUGGAUGGAUCACUUGUGGUAAUUUCCAUAAUCGAUCUUGGCAUGUCUCUCCUUUCUUCGAGCAGUCCACGAAUAUUUGGCAUAUUGAGGGUGUUCCGGCUGCUGAGGUCAUUGAGACCGUUGCGCGUAAUUAAUCGAGCCCCGGGCUUAAAACUCGUCGUGCAGACGCUCCUAUCGUCGCUGAGACCCAUCGGCAACAUCGUCCUCAUUUGCUGCACAUUCUUUGUCAUCUUUGGCAUCCUCGGCGUGCAGCUCUUCAAGGGCGCAUUCUACUAUUGCGAGGGCCCGGACAUCAAAAACGUGCGCAACAAAACCGACUGCCUGACCGACAAGCGCAACCUCUGGCUCAACAGAAAGUAUAACUUUGACGAUCUCGGCAAGGCGCUCAUGUCGCUUUUUGUUCUUUCCUCGCGGGACGGCUGGGUGAACAUUAUGUAUACGGGCUUGGAUGCCGUUGGGGUCGAUCAACAGCCAAUUGAAAAUUAUUCUGAAUGGAGACUACUCUAUUUCAUCGCUUUCAUCUUAUUGGUUGGGUUUUUCGUUUUAAAUAUGUUUGUUGGUGUCGUUGUUGAAAAUUUUCACCGAUGCCGAGAAGAGCAAGAAAAGGAAGAAAGAGUAAGAAGAGCUGCUAAACGUGCAUUGCAAAUGGAGAAGAAAAGAAGAAAAAUGCACGAACCGCCUUAUUAUACUAAUUACUCAAAAUCGCGCCUCUUCGUCCACAACGUUGUUACAUCCAAGUACUUUGACCUCGCGAUAGCGGCUGUGAUUGGUUUGAAUGUCGUUACAAUGGCGAUGGAAUUUUAUAUGAUGCCAAAAGCCUUGACCUACGCUUUAAAGAUAUUUAAUUAUUUCUUUACGGCCGUUUUCAUUCUCGAAUCUUUCAUGAAGCUACUGGCACUUGGACUACAUUUGUACCUAAAGGACAAAUGGAAUCAACUGGACAUUGGUAUUGUCAUACUCUCGGUUGUCGGCAUCGUUCUUGAAGAAGUCGAGUCCAAAAUAAUUCCAAUAAAUCCAACGAUCAUUCGCGUUAUGAGAGUUCUGAGAAUAGCGAGAGUAUUAAAGCUGCUAAAAAUGGCAAAGGGGAUACGCGCUUUACUGGAUACAGUGAUGCAAGCAUUACCGCAAGUUGGAAAUCUCGGUCUAUUAUUUUUCCUAUUAUUCUUUAUAUUUGCAGCACUUGGAGUCGAACUUUUCGGUCGAUUAGAAUGCAGCGAUGAGAUGCCGUGCCAAGGUCUGGGCGAGCACGCGCACUUCAGUAAUUUCGGGAUGGCUUUCCUCACUCUGUUUAGGGUGGCGACGGGCGACAAUUGGAAUGGUAUCAUGAAGGACACUCUGAGGGACAAUUGCGAUGACGCCGCAGACUGUGUAAAAAACUGCUGCGUCAGCAACGUUAUAGCGCCCAUAUUCUUCGUUAUUUUCGUCCUUAUGGCGCAGUUCGUCCUGGUUAACGUCGUCGUGGCCGUUUUAAUGAAGCAUCUCGAGGAGAGUCAUAAGCAGAUGGAGGAUGAGCUCGACAUGGAGACGCAACUGGAGCGCGAAUUCGCGGCCGAACAGGAGGAACUUCUCGAGGUGGAGGAAGAGGAGGAAGAGGAGGAGGAUGACGACGAUGGUGACAGAAACAUGGAGGAUGUCGCGAAGAAAAAGGAUAAGGAGGCUUUGGAGGAGAAAUCGGAAAAAGAACAGGAGCUCGAUCAAGAAGGAAGCGACGAUUUUUCCGGAGCACGAGCGGGCCUCUCAAAAGUCCGAUCGCUGCCCUCAAAUUUCACAUAUAAUCCACCAAUGGAAAUGGAAAAAACUAGCGAUGACGCAUCUGUGUCAACGAUGGACGACAGCCGACGCUCGACGAGCCAACAGCAGCACGGCGGCUCCGCCAAGCCCUCCAAAUUCAAAGUGAAGCGCCGCCAGACUUUCCACUCCCAGCAUCGACAGAUCGGCAUGUUCACGACGCCGCCCAUGCACUUCGAGGUAGCGGAGCUGAUAAGGAAGCCGGUGAGCAACCUGAGCGUGCCUCGCAUAAUACCACAACGCAGCUCUGCCUCGUCCUCAACCUCCAUGAGUCAUAGCAGCGCGAGGUUCCAGGUCCCACGCUCCUUCCUCGAUGUCGGCAACCCCUUGCGGCCCGUCUCCGUCGAGUCCGUGCUCCAGCACAGGCCGUCUUGCACCUCGACAUCGAGCAACAUCGCCGACAGCAGCCACGGCUAUACGCAAAAAAACUACCUCUGCCCGAUGUCGGAUCUCGGCUCGGCCAAGGCCAGAAUACCCACGCCCGAGUUUUACUCCUCCGAGACCAGUCCCAGCGAGUCGAGGUCACCGAGUAUCUCCAGCUACGGGAUCGGCAGCGUGACGUACGUUCGCCGUGAUACGACGAAGGACGAUAAGGCGAGCAUGACGGAGGCCCAGGACGUCGACGUCCAGUCGGUGAUAAACGAGAGGCGGUCCCCGAGGCUCAAGCCCAUCGUCGCCACCGCGUUCACCUACGAGCAGACCCGCGAGGGCGGCCAGAGGUCCGAGGCCAAGUCCGAAGCUCAGCCCGAGAAGGAGGUGAUAAGGCCGGAGCCAGGAGCCGAGAAGAUAGCCGAUGGAGAGGGGAAGAGGGAGGGAGAAAAGCGUCAGUACGUGAGCGUCGGAGUUGGGCCGAGCUGCGUCGAGCUGCGCAUUUUCGUGGACGAGACGCAGGAAGAAGAGACGCGACCCGGCGAGUCCGAGCUCGUGUUCGACGUCGACGAUAAGCUUAAGGCCGUACGGUGCGACAUCUCGGCGGCGAACCUUCGCUCGUAA